CAGCGCUCGCUUUGGGAGCAUCAUCUAUAUUAUUUUGUCUGGUUUGAACGCUUCACAGGCAGGUCUCAAACCUGAGUUCCACUUGGUACCAACCAUUGGAAAUACGAAGGACCUUAUCAUUCCAGAUAGCGUCCUCGGUCCUUGUGGAAACGACUUUAAUUAUCAUUUCAGGGGAAGAGUCGGUGUUAGCUGCAGGUCUGGAGUGCUCCGGAUGAGCUAAAACCAUUUCAUUUUCGUCCUUCAGGGUGCUGGUUCAUUCGUGAAGGAUUGAAACCAUCUUAUUUUUCUACCCAGUUUUUCGUACUUUGUACUUUGUGAGGAUUUGUAUUGGAAGGUGGAGCGCUGGAUCGCCAAACAAGCAACUGAUCAACAUGAAUACAUAUAUUUUACUCAGCCUUACAACUUUGAUGUUGUUCUGUCAAGAAUGUUUAAGUGCAAACUGGAACUACCAUCACCACAGCCCACUGGGACCUGAUCACUGGGCGAGUAUACCUGGAUCGCAUUGCGGUGGUAAAAAACAAUCACCCAUCAAUAUCGUAUCCCAAGAUGCCAUCCAGUCUAACCUCGGGGAAUUCAUCUUCGAGGGUCUUCAAACGGAUUACGGUCGACCAACCCGUAGGAGACACCAUGGUUUCAACGGGGGACAGCCAGGUGGUGGUGGCGGUGGAGGUGGCGGUGGCCACGGCGGUCAGGGCUUUGGUGGCGGUAACGGCUGGUUUAGCAGCUGGUGGGGUGGAAACGGUUGGGGAGGCGGUAACGGAUGGGGAGGCGGCAACGGAGGAGUGCAACCCAACGUCGGAACCGAACAUCCACAGUGGAGCAAUCCUUUCGGAAACCUUCGCAUGGGGCCUAAACCAACACGAAAUCCAUUGCAGCCUUUUGGUAUGAACGGACCGGAACAUAUGUUCACCACGGACAACCAUGUCAAUAAUUACGGUCCUCGGUCACUCCAUGGGUACAACAGAGCUCCUACGACCAAAGUAGAGGUUUCAAACGAUGGACAUACUUUGAAAGUAAGUACAGAAAAUAUGUACGUACUGAGAGGCGGAGGACUUCCAUUCGAUGCUAAACCAGCUCAACUUCAUUUCCACUGGGGAGCCUCUCAUGAAAAAGGAUCAGAACAUACCAUCGACGGAAGACCAUUUUCUGCCGAGCUUCAUCUUGUUCAUUACAACGUUAAAUACAGGAGUAUAGCUGAAGCAAUGAAGCAACCAGAUGGCUUAGCAGUUCUCGGAUACUUUAUUCAGGACAGUGGCAAUUUUGAUAACCCUGCCUUUGAUCCACUCCUUGAUAUCACAGAAAAUGUUAAGUUCCGAGAUACCAAGGUAGAAUACUACGCACACCUACCCCUCCGUGAUAUGUUGCCAAGCGACCUUUCAUGUUACUACAGAUACAACGGCUCUCUGACAGUUCCCAAGUGCUGGGAAAGUGUAACGUGGACCGUCGGAUGUGACGUCAUUCAUCUCUCACAUAAUCAGCUUGACAUGUUCCGUGAACUCUACCAAGGAUUCUUUAUGGAACCAAGCGGUCAACUUGAAAUGAUGCACAUCGAAGACAACUUCCGACCCGUACAGCUCCUGAACGGUCGACAGGUCCUGAGGAACGGCUACCCGAAUCCCUCGCAACCCGGUAUGGGAUACAGUGCAGACAACAACUCUGGAAACAUCAUCUCUGUAAAUCUUUUCCUCGUCCUUUCUGCAUUGAUGGGCGUCGUCUGCCGUUUACUAUAGAAAUAUUUAAAUCUAUUAACCCUUCCUCGUCUUUCUUCAUUCCCGAGUCUGUUCAAACUUUAUUUUUGUAUAAGUCUCCUUUAGCCAGAAUCCUGCAAACUUGGCUUCCUUUCUUUGUAUGUUUUGUCGUACGUCAUCAUGGGGAAGACUACGCGCGAACAUUAUGUAAUAAUGCGCAUUUUGAUAAAUUGAUUUUAUUUUUGGCGUGAGUGGCGUUUGAUCAAAUCUAAUUUCAUCGUGCCUCUAGACUCAUAGUUCAUGUUGUUAGGAAAGUCUUCGAAUUCAAUCGCUUAUAGAUAUGAAAUGGAUUUCUAUUUCAGUGGCAUGUUGUGUAUAUAUUAAUUUCUAUCUAUAUAUAUUGUUUUUAAUUGAGAUGUGCAAUGGUUCAAAGGACAGAUCAGGGGGCCUGUUGCAGAAAGAGUUGCGUUUAAACGCAAGUCAAAAUAUCAAGCGUAUAAGUCCCGAAUACAGGUGCUUUAUUGGCUGAAAAUCAAGCUGCGUAAGAUUUUUUUUAGUUACGUUUGAUCGCAACAAUUUCUGCAACGAGCCCCUGGUACAUUUAUUUAAUAGGUGUGACAUGUAUAUUACAACUUAAACAAAAAAAACAGAUUGGAAGUGUUGUCUUAACUGUUUUACCUUUAAGAUCAUAUUUCACUGCUUCUUAAAGACAGUUGCCGACCUCUAACAUUGUGUAAAAGACAGAAAAAGUAGUAUUAACCCAGCUCAUUCGAUAUCAAAUAGGUAUUAUGGUUGAAUGGGGGAAAUGGAAAUAGAGCAGUCGUAUUCAUUGAGCAUUUUAUUAGACGGCGUCGAUUUGUGUAAAUCUGUUAGAAUGUGUACAUAAUGUGUGAUAACUGCAGAUAUUGUCACGCAUGCCAUCAACAGGUACUUGAAGAAGUAUGGAGUUUUAUGAGAUGACACGCUGUUUUAAGUAAAGAACCAUUGUUUCUUUCAUCUUUUGCUUAGUAUAUGUUAUUGAUAUUUUGCGAUUUUAUGCUAAACUGUCACCAUUCUCUAUUGGAAUGCUCUGUCAUUUUUUAUAUAAAAAAAGAAAACCGACCGCAUUCUUGAUUCCUUAACACAAUAUUAGGCGAAAUAUCACAAACUAUAAUGACGCAACCAUGAGUCGUCUGUUUAUCACGUGCUCCGUUAUAAAAAAAAGCGACGUCAACCAAGUAAAGAUGACGUCAUGAAAAUCUGAGAUGAAGCUUAUCGAGUACUAUAUAACCUUGGAAAAGUUUUGGAAACCAAGUAUUGCUCCAUGCAUGAAAGUGUUUUAUACGUGUGUACUUUCAUUGUGAACGAUAUUUGUCUCCAUUCGUUUUCAAAACCUGUGAUAAUGAAUACAAACAGCGCAUGAAUAUGCUGUUUGUCGCGCGGAAAAAAAACUACACAAGAAUGUAAACAUUAGAUCACAACGUUCCAAUAAACUAUUAAGAAAACAUAAAAAUCAA